AUGUUUGAGAGAUCCAAGAGCUUCUGCAUGCCCACCAAAUCAGGGAAAUCAAGGUCUCAUAGUUCUAGACCCACCAAGAAGACUGAGUCCAAAAACACUCAAAAAAAAGAGGUCCUCUAUGCCAAAUCCACCAGGACGGAUGUGGACAUUCUCAGCCCAGCAGCCGUGGAGAAUGUCUACUACAUUUCUCACAAUGCAGUGGACUGUCUGGAGUUCAGAGGUUUUGGGUGGCCAAAAUCAAAUGAAAAGGGG